AUGAACAGGCGGCCUCGAAGUCCCAGCCCCAGCCCCUGCCCUGCAACUUGGUGGGGACUUCAGCCUGGGGAACCCCGUCCCGCCAAGCUCCUCCGAUGGGAGGGGCCCGAGAUCCAGGCUGGGCCACCCCCUGCCGCAGACAGUCUCGCUUCCGUGGUGGUCCUGGCCUCUGACUGUGCCCUGCAAGUGCCUCUGCGUGAUGCGGACCUAGUGCUGGAACCGGCGCCUGAGUCUGUCUUGCGAGUGUCUCUUGGGGACCACACCCUCAUCCUGAUCCACGAAGCUCUCCUGGGCUCGGGCGUCGAAGACGAUGGACUGCAGAGCGAUUUGUCUGUCAACCUGGACCUGGAUUCUUUCCUGAGUGCUCCCUGGAACGAGGUGAGCGUGGAACAGGGAUCUUACUGCGAAUCCGUUUCGGAGACUACUGCCCAAGCGGAGACAUAUGAGGAGAACGCCGACCACGAGUUCCUGCAGCUCCAGAUCUGCACUCAGACAGACACAGACGCUGAGCUCAGCUGCUCCACUGAAAGAGUCCUCAGCCCCUGCCCUCAGGACCUCAUCCCAGGGCGCUCUCCUUGGGUCUCCAUCUUGAACUCCCAGCAUCAGAGGCCUUUCCCCAGUUCACCACUUGAACCCCUGCCUCCUUCUCCAAGUCCAGACACCCAUGAGCGCCCCCAGCGCUCUCCCCGCCCUCCGUGCAGGGCUAGGAGAAGUCUGUUCAAGAAUUAA